ACAGUCACCAUCAUCAGCUGAUGCAUCGCUUAGUCUCUGAUGUUAUUUUUUACUUCAGACAAACACGGAUUGGGGCUCAUUGAAACAUAUACAUAAUUGAUUAGAGUAUAGGUUGCCAUGGCUUCGACAAAGCAUGAUAAGAAGCCGGAGCCUGGAGACCUCAUUGAAAUCUUCCGAGGCACAUAUCAGCACUGGGCUAUUUAUGUUGGCGACGGUUUUGUGAUUCACCUGGCACCACCCUCUGAGCAUGCUCAAGCUGGGGCCUACAGUAUGAUGUCAGUACUAUGUGACAAAGCCACAGUGAAGAAAGAAGAACUGUAUGAAGUAGUUGGCAAUGAUAAAUACCGCAUCAACAACCUUCUGGAUGACAAAUACGAGCCACGUGCCGUUUGUGUUAUUCUACAGGAAGCAGAACGUUAUUUGAAUCAAGAACUUCCAUAUUGUGUCUUUAGAGGGAACUGCGAGCACUUUGUUACAGAGUUGAGAUACGGAAAGGCACAUUCCCGCCAGGUUCGUAAAAUGGUGGAGAUUGGUGUUGGAGUUGGACUCUUUACAGCGGUUACCUUUGGAGUUCUUGCUGCUGCUUCAGCCUUUUUGGGUUCAAAUGACAAAGAAAAGCAGAAAAAGUAAGGACUGAGAAAUGCAAAAGUGCAAUUGUGGAACCCUUUGACAUUUCAAGUCAGUUAAAGUCUAUUGCAUUUGAUGUAAAUAAUUAAAACAUUUAAUGUAGUAAUUUGGCAGGCUUAGUUUUGUGAGCACAACUUGAAAUAUUCACAAGCCAAACAUGAGACAACUAAACAAAAUUCCACCUGUUCUGUUAGAGAACAAUAGUGUAUUUCCCAACUUAUAAAUCUAAAAUGAUUAUUUUUUUCUACGGGCUUCCAAAUGACACUUCCAGCACUCUAGCUGAAUAUUUAAAACAGCAAGCUAACUGUUUGAAAAAAUCCUAAAACAAACUGCCACAUUUAUAUUUUUGUGCCAUUAAAUAUUACACUAUA